AUGGAGACUCUGAAUUGGCUCUUCCUCGCGGUGGUUUCCCUCUUAACCUUCUCCUCCCAAAGGGCGUCCGCCGGCGACUUUAACAUCACCGAGAUACUCGACAAUUACUCCGACUACAGCCAAUUCAACGACCUCCUCUCCAGAACCCGCGUCGCCAACAGAAUCAACGGGCAGGGCACCGUCACCGUCCUCGUCGUCAACAACGGGGCCGCCGGCUCCCUCUCCGGCCAGUCCAACGAGACGAUCAAGGCAGUCUUGAAGUUGCACGUCAUCCUCGACUUCCUCAACAUGCAGAAGAUCAGGAAUCUAAAGCAGCGGUCGGCGACGUACACGAACAUGUACCAGACCACCGGGGAUGCCAACGCGUACCAAGGCAUGACCAACAUGACCAAAAACGUCGGCGACAGUAACGACCAAAUCAUGUUCGGCAACGGGAGGCGGAACGCCAACCUCACCGUCUCGUUGCAGAAGGUGGUGUCGACGGUGAUGGCGCCGGGGGGCUGGGUUUCCGUCAUUGAGGUCAGCGGCUUGAUCGAGCCCGACUGGGUUUUCAACCUCAAGGCUUCCCCGCCGAAGAAGGCUCCGUCCCCUGGCCCUUCCGACGCGCCGGCGCCGUCGAGGAGGCACAGGAAGGAGGCUCCUGAGUCGGCGGAGUCGGCGGAAGAUUACUCACCUCCCGAGCCUGAUGCCGAUGAUGAAUCCUCCGAUUCCCCGGCUCCCGCACCCGCACCUGGAGGCCCCAAAUCUGCUGCGUCUUCUCCUUCCGCGGCCCCAGCUGCUGCCUUCGCCGCCGUGCUCGUUGGAUUGCUGGCCUUUAAACUCGGCUUCUGA